AACACACUCAAACUUACCAAUAAUCUAAUCAACACCAAACACAAACAAACAAACACACAAAAACGUCAACCACACGAAACCUCCUCAUAAUUCCUUCCACUCCCAAAAACCAUUCUAUAUUUCCCUCUCUCACCUCACCUUACAACAACACACUUCCACUCUCACCUUUCUCUAAUACUUAUUUAUCAUUUUCAUCCAUCUCACUCCUCUUCUCACUCUCAACAUCAUGUCGGUAAAGGAGUGCGAUCACCACAGAGGAAGAAAAAGAAUACUCUUCCAAAGAAUCUUUUGGGGCAUCAUAGUGUUCCUUUUCUUAGUCUUACUCACAAUUCUCCUAAUAUGGGCAAUCCUAAGACCAACCAAACCAACCUUCAUCCUCUCCGACAUAACCGUCUCCGCCUUCAACGUCACGCAACCCAAUCUCUUAACAACCAAUUUCCAAGUAACCAUAAUGUCAAGAAACCCCAACGACCACAUCGGCGUCUACUACGACCGCCUCGACACCUACGUCACCUACCGAAGCCAGCAGAUCACUUACAGAACCUCCAUCCCACCUUCCUACCAAGGCCACAAAGAAGUCGACGUGUGGUCACCAGCAGUUUACGGCACUGAAGUCCCUGUUGCUCCUUUCAACUUUCAGACUCUCUCACAGGAUCAAUCUAACGGUAACUUCUUUGUUACCGUUAAAGUUGACGGUAGAGUUCGUUGGAAGGUUGGUACUUUUAUUUCUGGUCGUUAUCAUCUCUAUGUUCGGUGUCCUGCUUAUAUCUCAGUUCGUAACGACGGUAACGGCGUUAGCAUGGGAGCUAACGGCGUUUACAUUGGAGCUAACGUCGUUAAGUAUCAGAUGGAUCAGCGUUGCUCUGUUAGCCUUUGAGCGUAAAUUAUUAUCUGAUUUAAUUUCUCUCUUUAUGUUUCCUUGUAUUGUAUUUUAUUUUAUACGUACGUGUAUAAUAGUAUAUUCUAUAGUCUUAUAUGUAUAAUUGUGUAUUUGAAUUUUACAAAAUAUGAGAGGGGUAUAGCAGGGUUACAUGUUGUACUUGUAAGAACAUAUGCCAAUAAUAUAAUUCAUCCGCAAGGUUAAUAAAUUUAGUUUAUGAAA